AUGGCGCCGGGCAGCUCCAGCCAGGAUCCCCGAACAGUUUGUUUGGAAAACUUGCAGCCUGAGAUUAAAACACUAGCUGAGCGUCUUCGCUAUGAAGUUUCUGUUCGUGGGAAGCAACUGGGUUGGUCUGAAAAGGUGGCCAGGUUCCACUUUAAGAAAAACCUGCGGAGGAUUAUCACGGACCUGUACAUUCGAGACAACUGCCAUCCCUUCAAAGCCACUUUACUGGUGUGGGUGCAAGUUCCAAUGUGGGUUUGCGUGUCCCUCGCUUUGCGCAACUGCAGUGUUGGUGCCACAGACUCGGGAGUUCAAGAAGAGUUAUCAGCAGGCGGAGCACUGUGGUUCACAGACCUCACGGCACCAGAUUCUACGUGGAUUUUGCCAGUUGCGCUCGGGCUCGUGAAUUUGCUGAUAGUGGAGAUCUUUGCUUCGCAAAAAAUGGAAGUUUCCAGGUUCCAGAAACUUGCUACGAAUUUCUUCCGAGUGGUGUCCGUAGUCAUGAUCCCUGUUGCUGCAACAGUGCCCUCUUCCAUGGCGUUGUACUGGCUGUCCUCGAGCUUCAUGGGGCUCUCGCACAACCUGUUGCUGCGUUCUCCGACCUUCCGUCGACUGUGUUGCAUACCACGGACCAAAUCUGAGUCGGAUACUCCUUACAGGGACAUUGUGUCUGCCUUGACUUCCAAAUACAGCUUUAAGAAAUGA